AUGAUUCUGACGACAUUAAAAGAAUUCGGGAAGCAGCUCCUGCGAGUGAAGGUUGUGGACUACAGCACGGAUGAGUCCCGCUUGUCCCGAUGCCUCAACACGCUCGACCUGGUGGCUCUGGGGGUCGGCAGCACGCUGGGAGCCGGCGUCUACGUUCUGGCUGGUGCUGUUGCUCGAUAUACUUCUGGACCUGCCAUCGUCCUCUCGUUUCUCAUCGCUGCCCUGGCGUCUGUAUUAGCCGGGUUGUGCUACGCAGAAUUCGGAGCUCGUGUUCCCAGAACUGGUUCGGCUUACCUCUACAGCUAUGUGACAGUUGGAGAACUUUGGGCCUUCAUCACUGGCUGGAACCUCAUUCUCUCUUAUAUCAUAGGAACAUCAAGUGUGGCCAGGGCAUGGAGCGCCACUUUUGAAGAGCUGAUUGGAAACCACAAUAAGACAUUUUUCCGGCAAUACAUGACCAUGAACGCACCGGGAGUCCUGGCAGAGUACCCAGACAUCUUUGCUGUCAUCAUCAUACUCAGUCUGACAGGGCUGCUUAUAUUUGGGGUCAAAGAGUCGGCCUUGGUAAACAAAGUGUUUACUUGCAUCAACAUCGUGGUGCUGCUGUUUGUGGUCAUUGCUGGAAUGGUUAAAGGAAACCUAAAAAACUGGAACUUGAAUCCCAAGGAAAUCCUUAACAUCAGCAGAAACUCCAGCUUAAAUCAGUCAUACGCCUUUGAAAAUGAAGAAACUCUUGGUAAAGGUGGUUUUAUGCCCUUUGGCUGGACUGGGGUCCUUUCUGGUGCCGCCACUUGUUUCUAUGCCUUCGUAGGGUUUGACUGCAUCGCCACUACAGGAGAGGAGGUGAAGAAUCCCCAGAGGGCCAUUCCUAUCGGCAUCGUGGCCUCUCUCCUCAUUUGUUUUGUGGCUUACUUCGGCGUGUCGGCAGCCCUCACUGUGAUGAUGCCCUACUACUUGCUGGAUAAGAACAGCCCUAUUCCGAUGGCCUUUAAGCGUGUAGGCUGGGAGGGAGCCACUUAUGCGGUGUCCAUUGGCUCUUUGUGUGCUUUGUCGACCAGUUUACUGGGCUCCAUGUUCCCAAUGCCGAGGGUGAUCUGGGCCAUGGCGGAGGAUGGCCUACUCUUCAAAUGCUUGGCUAAAAUCAGCCCUCGAACCAAAACCCCGCUAACAGCUACAAUAACAUCUGGUGCUGUUGCAGCUGUGAUGGCUUUACUGUUUGACCUGAAGGACCUGGUUGACCUCAUGUCUAUCGGCACUUUGCUGGCCUACACUCUGGUGGCCGCCUGUGUUCUGGUCCUCAGGUACCAGCCCGUGCAGCCGAGCCGGGCCUACGAGAUGGCCAACAUUCAGGACAGCCCUGAUAACGCUGAGUCUUACAGCGAGGGCAACUCUGACAUCUUACCUCCAUCAGAGCAUCAGUUCAGCAUCAAGAACCUUGUUUCCCCUUCGAGCAGUGAACCGUCUCCUCUGUCUGGGCGUGUCGUCAACAUCUGUACCAGUGUUCUCGGUGUUCUGGUGUGUGUUUUCAGUGUUGUAGCCGUCCAAGGAGGGUGUGCACCCUGGUCCGUGUCAGUCCUCUGUGUCAUCGCUGUGGUCUGCUCGUUUCUCACAUUCUGCGUGUUCAGGCAGCCUCAGAGCAAAGCUAAGCUGGCCUUCAAGGUUCCUUUGUUGCCUUUUGUCCCGGUUGUCAGCAUGUUUGUCAAUGUCUACCUGAUGAUGCAGCUCAACAGAGGAACGUGGCUGCGCUUUUCCAUCUGGAUGGUCCUAGGUUUCUUCAUCUACUUUGGUUAUGGGAUCUGGAACAGCGCCGAGGCGGUGAGCAGCUCUGAUCCCAACACGCCCACCUGCUUGAUAAAAGGAGAGCCCAUGACCACAGAGAAGGAGGCUUUUCUCCACAACACACAAAACCCAACCGCAGACGGGGAGGAGGAAUCGUGAGUGAACGGGAGCUUCUGUCGUGUAUUUAAAGUUUUGAACGUGCCGCUGCUCAAAGAGCCGGAAGCGCUGAACAUUUUUAAAGUUUUUUUUUGUUUACAAAAAACACAUUUAGGUCUCAAAAGUUCAAGGUCAAGUUUUCUUUAUUGGAGAUGAAG